AUGGCCGCGCUCUUCCAGCACUUGAGGAUCCUGCUGUGGAAGAACUGGCUGAGUGUCAAGAGGCAGCCGGUAUGGUCGUUCAUUUUAAUUUCCUGGCCUGUGGUUGUUUUCAUAAUCUUGGCUAUCAUCCGUCUCAAAUUCCCUCCAGAACCACAGCCAAACUGUUAUCUCGCACCCCGAAACCUUCCUAGUGCAGGCUUCUUCCCAUUCCUGCAAACUGUGCUGUGUGAUUCAGAUGCCAGAUGUAAAGGCACACCAUACACACCAGAAGAUCUGCUGCCAAGGCUUAAUGAUAUCUCAUCUCUCAGACUUAAGCAGAGGAGCUCAUCUAGAGUGUCCAAGGACAACCAUCCAUCACCAUGGAGUGCUGAGGUUCCCAAAAGCAGGAAUGCUUCACUGGCAUUCAGGGAUUCGGUAUCUCAUGGAGAAAACACACUCUGGAAUAUUUCAUCACCAUCCAAUUUGACUUCUAGCAUCAACAUGUUCAACAGAAUCCUUAGUUUUGGGAAGAGCAAGGCGCAGUAUUCAGUGGGAGCAAAUCUCAAAGUCAUUCUGUGUGAGAUCUUGUCACGGUACGUACCGGCUCCUGGUCUCACCGAAGAGAAGAUGGCAGCCAACAUCUACAGGACGUUCUGCUUUACUGACUCAUCGCUUUUAGAGUCCUUUACCCAGGAGUUCAGAAGUCAGUUGUCUCAGGUGCAACACAACCCACAGUACCAAGCAGCAUUUGUCAACGAAAUGGUCUCAUUUCUAACGCUCAUCUCCCAAGCGCAGAAUGACACCUCCCUGUGGCAUCUGUUUUUGCUGGCUCCAGAUGUGUUUCAGGGCAGCACACAAUUCCAAGAUAUAAUUGAUUUUCUUCAGAAUGCAAGCAGUGGUGUGCUGGCAGCUCAGAGUGUCUCUACAUCGCCUGUUACUGAUGAUAGAUUCAAAACUGUUCAAAAUGGGGUUACAGAUCCCCCAUAUUCCUUGAAUUGCUGGGAGCAAGGUAAAGAAAAAAGUUUGGUGAUCAGAUAUAUUUGUAAUCACUUUAACUGGAAAGAUAAGUGGACUUUAGUAGCAGAGUUGGAAGAAGUUCUGAGAAAAAUAAAGCUACCAGAGAUUGGUGGAAAAGUCUCCAAGAGGUCCAUUAAUUCAGAUGAUUUAGAAGCCAUACAAAAGUCUCUACAUCGUUUAAAAGGCUUUGAGAAAAAAAUGAAUAGAAGUGAAUUAAAAAGCUUAAAUCUAUUCAGAAAUUUGAAGAAUGAAGCAUUACAGAAGUUGUACGCAAUUCUUGCACUGGGAAUGAAUCCACAUCAUGAUUAUAAAUUAAAGGAAGAAUAUAAUAAGGAUGUAAUUGAUGAAAUCUAUAACUUGACAUCACAGCAAUUACAGAGCAACUUUAACGGGACUUCCAUUUUCAAUAUAAUGACCCAGUGGAAAGAAAUUCAGGGUGCUUUAAAAUUAGCUACAAUGAUUUGGAAUCCGGUUUUGUUAAAUAAUUCUAAUUUUAGUAUGGCACAAACUGAGAAUGCUCUCAAAACGUUACUCACCAUUAGCAUGCCAUCAUUUCUGGGAGACUUAAGAGAUCGUUUCACUGGAAUUGAAGAAAUACCGUCUUUGAUUUCCGAUUAUCUUCUUAAACCUGUGUCGUACAGAAGCUUUCCAGACCAACUCCUAGCUCUGCAAAAGAUAUUUUUUAUACUGACACAUGAAAACAUAGGUUAUGACUACCUGCUGCUGCCUGCUUUUGAGCUGAUGCGGAAAGUAGAAAGCUCCAUGGGUGAAUCGCGGUGGCACGAACUGAAUGGCUAUUGGCGCCUUGCUGAAAGGCUGAGAUCAAUGCAAUGGAACAAUACAGGCAUCGUAGCCUAUGGGCAGUUUUUAGAGGUAUUACACAGCCAUUUUGAAAAGCUGGUUAAUAAUUCAAAUAGUCUUUUCAGUGAACAGUUUGGUCAACUGUCUGAAUUUAUAGCAGCUGUAUUUAAAGAGUUUGAUGGGGAAAACUCCGAAGUAGCCAAUAUCUCGCUAGUCACUCAAGCCGUACAAAAGACCUUGUAUGUAUUAAAAGACUUACAGCUCAACUACAAUGUCAGUAAAUUAAAAUAUAUAGAUCUGUUCUUUAAUUUUGACAACAAAACCUUCGAGAGAUUUUCUGAACUUCUGAGGACAGGAAUGAAAAUCCUCCACUACAGAAAUGCCAGUGAAGCUUCCCCUGAAGAAAUGAUUAAUGCUGUCUAUAACUUAACGCGUCUUGUAGUGCAGGAGUUCAGUGAGUCUUCCUUACCACACAAUGCUUCACUGAAGGCAAAAGUCUGGGAGUUUUUGCAUGUAGCCUUGAGCCCUUUUCUGGAGAAUAGAGACAAACUCAAUUCCCUCAAUUUCUCUGACAUCUCUGCAGGCUGGAAUAACCUGUCCGUGCUCUUCAAUAUGGCACAGAGUGAGCUUCUCAUGAACAACAUGCUGCAGAGAUUGCUAUAUUCUUACAACCUCACCAAAUUGAGCUAUUUCUCAAACAUCUGGGAAGUAGUUGACAGGUCACUGAACAGUGAAAGGAAUCCAGCUGAAGUGGCUGCCUUUGCAAAGUUACUGGAAGCAGUGGCAAACAACUUUGCCAGCAAUGUGUCAGCUCUAGACAUGAUAGAAGCUGCUCACUAUGUUCUUAAGCUGCUGAACAUCUCUGAUCUGCUAAGUGAACUCCCUGCAAGUUCCAGCUCAGCUUCUCUCUCCAAUAAAACUAUUUUGGAUGCUGUGUUUGACAUAGUCACUCAUCACUUCAUUGAUAUGGCAGAAACCCUGUACAACAAGACCCUGCCUUGGACUCAAAGUGACCAAACCCUGUCACCCACCAUUCUGAUCACACGGUUUCUGUUUUUAGAAUUUGAAAGCACCAUCUUACAAGUGACAGUGAAUAACAGCUAUAACCCUUACCUGAUGUGUUUAAUAAAUGCCACUGAAGUUGAAGACAGCGAAUUGACAGAAAACAUCAUGCUGCUCUUGAAGCAAACUCAUCUGAAAAAGAACUGUUUUAUGCAAAAUAAUACCUCUGAGGAACGUUCAUCCAUACCAGAGCUCCUGAAGCUAAAAAUAUCUCUGCUCCAGAAUCUGACAGCACUUCUUUGUGACUACGAGAGCUUUAAGUCAAUACAGCAUAUUUGCCAUCUCCCUGAUGUUAGCUUUGGAGAACUCUGUGAUCAGAAUCAAUCUCAUGAACAGCUUCUCCGUGCUAUUGAGCUGAGCAGCCAAGUUGUGACCAAUGUACUGAAUGGCAGAAGGAUCUCCAAAGAGCUUUGGAACGUGCUGAUUGGAGAUGCCACAGAUGUCCAGGCACAAAUGAAGUGGUUUCAAGAAAACGUACCAGAAAUUGCUUUCUUUCAAGAGAUUCCUCAGUAUAUGACAGCUUUGAACUCCAUGUUGAACAUCACAGAGAAUUUAACAGAUUCCAGCAUUCCAGAAAAGUUAAGAGACGUGUUUAAAAAUGUGGACCAGCUCAAAGAGGAUCUCAAAAACACAACAAGAAUGUCCACAACCAGUAUUGAUGCUCUUCUGGAAGCAUCUCUCCCAGAAAACAGCAGUCACUUAAUUUCUCAGAUUCUCCAGCUGGAGUCUUGCAGCGUCCAUCCUUCUGACCCACAUCUGCAAACAGUAGCAGAAGAGUUCUGCAAUCUCUCUCUUUCUGAGAGGACUCGUGAGACAUACAUCCUUGGGGUCACCCUGUUACGACACUUAGACAUUUACAAUUUCUUAUACAAGAUGUUAUUCCCUAAGGAAAUUCAGAAACCUGUGGACAAGAUAUUAAACCUUCUGACAAAAAUGAAAUAUUUCCAACACCAAGUAGAGUCUGAUGUUGAUCCAUUGCUACAAGCCAUUCAUUCACUGAAAAAGCUUCGGCAGUCUAGAAGGAUGCCACUGAGUAAGGUGCUACUUAAACCAAACAACACUAGGGUAACACAUGGCACAUUUAAAUCCCUGUCCAAAGUUCUCUGCAACCAGGAGAUCACACCCCUGUUCUUUGAGUCCUUGCUUCCUGAUUUUGGAGACCCUGUAAGAAACAGUUCUGUGGAGGAUGUCCACGUCCAAAAGAUGAUGAGGAAAUAUGGGAUUCCUCACGAUUCCACACCAUUUUGUUUAUCUUUCUACCUGGAUCUGGUCAAGACCCCAACUGGAGCUUUAAUUUGGUCUUUUUUAAAACCAAUGGUGUUUGGGAAGAUCCUUUAUACACCAGACACGCCAGAAACUCGAGCAAUCAUGGGAAAGUCUAAUGCCACCUUGAAGCAGAUGGCUGAUCUAGCCCUGAAGUCACAGGAAUGGCUGGAUAAGUCUCCUGCCAUCAUGAAUUCACUGACUAAGUUGAACCAGACAGUUCCAAUGAUCAAGAAUGCCCUACAGAAUCCCUUUGUGCAGGUUUUUAUCAAGAUGAUGGUGGAUUUGGAUGCAGUUGAAUUGCUGAGUCAAAUAAACAAGCUUGAUGAUAUUCGGCUGGAAUUACAGAACAACACUGACAUUGUUGAUCAGCUGAACACAUUAGCUACCCUGGCAGUGAAUGUGUCCUCCUGUGUCUCAUUUAAUCGCAUUCGGGCAGUCAAAACCUUGGAGGAAAUGGAAAAGAUGGCUAAAGAACUCUUCCUAAAGAACGAACUGUUUGCAAGUAUCAUUUUCAGGCUGCCAUCAAGCUGGAGCAGCCCAGCCCAUGGGGCUUUGGCCCUCCCUCCUGUGCUCAACUACACCAUCAGAAUGAGCAGCAGGAUCACACAGACCACCAACAGGAUCAGGGAGCGCAUCUGGACUGUGGGACCACACAACUCCACCUCACAGAGCCAGAUCUACAGCCGGGCAUUUAUCUAUAUCCAGGACAGCAUUGAAAGAGCCAUUAUUCAGCUGCAGACUGGCAAGAAGCUAGAGGAAAUAGCUGUUCAAGUCCAGGCCAUGCCUUACCCCUGCUACAAUAAGGAUAUGUUCUUAACCAGUGUGACCUACUCUCUUCCAUUUGCUCUGAUGGCUGCCUGGGUGCUGUUUAUAGCUGAUUUUGUUAAAACUCUUGUUCAAGAGAAAGAUCUGAGGCUUUAUGAGUACAUGAAGAUGAUGGGUGUUAAUGCAAGCAGCCAUUUCAUCGCCUGGUUCAUAGAGUGUGCCAUCUUCCUUCUAAUCACAGUCACCUUCCUCAUCAUUGUCCUAAAAGUGGGUGACAUCCUCCCCAAAUCAAAUACAGCGCUCCUGUUCCUGUACCUUAUGGACUACAGCUUGUCCAUCAUAGCCAUGAGCUACUUCAUCAGUGUUUUCUUCAACAACACCAACAUCGCAGCGUUGGUGGGCAGUCUGGUGUACAUCCUCACUUUCUUCCCCUUCAUUGUAUUGCUUGUCAUUGAAAAUCACUUGAGCUUCUCUGUGAAAAGCCUACUGAGCCUGUUGUCUCCAACUGCAUUCAGUUAUGCAAGUCAGUACAUUGCUCGCUAUGAGGCACAGGGCAUAGGUCUGCAGUGGGACAACAUGUAUAAAUCUCCAAUGAUUGGAGACAACACAUCCUUUGGCUGGAUGUGCUGGCUCAUUCUGAUUGACUCUCUCAUUUACUUCAUCCUGGGAUGGUAUAUAAGAAAUGUAUUCCCAGGAAGAUACGGCAUGGCUGCUCCCUGGUAUUUCCCACUGCUUCCAUCUUACUGGCUUGAAUACAACUGGCUCCCUUUCUGGAGUGAGAAACAAAGAGGCUUCAUCUUCAGCAAGCUUGUGUUAAGGAAAGAAGCCAGCCCCAGCAAUCAGAUAUGUGCCCCCCCACCUCAUCUGGAGCCAGAACCCACUGAUCUCACCUUGGGAGUCUCCCUCCAUGGCAUCACAAAAGUGUAUGGAUCCAAAGCUGCGGUGGACAACUUAAGCCUCAACUUCUAUGAAGGGAAUAUAACUUCCCUGCUGGGACACAAUGGAGCUGGGAAAACGACCACCAUAUCUAUUUUGACCGGGCUGUUCCCUACAUCAUCAGGCACUAUCGUUGUCUAUGGCAAAGACAUCAAGACUGAUCAGGAAGUUAUCAGGAAGAACAUGGGUAUCUGUAUGCAGCACAACGUGCUCUUCAACUACCUCACCACGAAGGAGCACCUGCUGCUCUAUGGGUACAUCAAAGUCCCUCUCUGGAGUAAAGAGGAGCUCUACCAAGAAGUUAAGAGGACUUUGAAGGAGACUGGACUCUACAGCCAUCGUCAUAAGCUGGCUGGCUCCCUGUCUGGUGGGAUGAAGAGAAAGCUGUCUAUAGCUAUUGCUCUGCUGGGUGGAUCGAGGGUAGUGAUCCUGGAUGAACCAACAACAGGGGUGGAUCCGUGCUCUCGUAGGAGUAUUUGGGAAAUUAUCUCCAAGAAUAAAAAAGGCAGAACCAUCAUUCUCUCUACGCAUCACUUAGAUGAAGCAGAAGUACUGAGCGACCGAAUUGCCUUCCUAGAGCAUGGAGGGCUCAAAUGCUGUGGGUCUCCAUUCUACCUCAAGGAAACUUUUGGUGAUGGAUAUCACCUAACGCUCACAAAAAAGAAGAAUGCGAUAGAGGAGUGUGACACCGCAGCAGUGACCUCCCUGAUCCAGUCCCACCUCCCAGAGGCUUAUCUCAAGGAGGAUAUUGGUGGAGAGCUCGUGUAUGUGCUUCCCCCCUUCAAGUCCACAGUCUCGGGGGCUUACCAGGCACUUCUCAGAGCCCUCGAUACCAGCUUGAGUGAUCUCCACCUUGGUUGCUAUGGGAUUUCAAACACAACUGUGGAAGAGGUAUUUCUCAAUCUGACAAAAGAGCUGGGGAAAGACCCACAAGAAGAUGCAGGACCAUCCCAGCGAGGGCCUGGAGCCAGUGGCCAAAACGGCGGGGACGAAAUGUCUGUGAGCACGGAUACUUUCACAGAAAGAGAUGAUCAGCUCCUGAUCAGAUCUAAGAGCCUGCAGGGUUUACCAUUGCUGCUUAAGAAGACAUCAGCUUUAUUCAUUAAGAGAUUCCACCAUACCCGGCGCGAUGUGCGAGGCUUCAUUGCUCAGGUCAUCCUCCCAGUCCUCUUUGUGAUGGCAGCAAUGGGACUUGGAACGCUGAGGACUAAGGAGACCGAAUACCCAGAGCUGAUUCUUUCCCCCUCUCUGUAUGGCACGUCAGAUCAGGCAGACUUCUUUGGGAAUUUCAAUGAAACAACAAAUGCUUUAGUUGCUUCGAUGCUUUCUUUCCCUGGGACAGAUAACACAUGCAUGAAUGAAAGCAAUUCGCAGUGUUUAAAUGAAGACAUGCUUGGCCCAUGGAUCACCACUGGAGACCCCUCAACAAAGUAUUCUGCCUGCAACUGCACCGAUGGCAUCCAGACGUGCCCACAGAAGAACUAUACCCCCCCUCACAGAAGGACCUUCUCUACACGAAUGCUUUAUAACGUUACGGGGCACAACGUGGAGAGCUACAUUCUGGCAACCACCAAAGACUUCCUGCAGAAACGGUAUGGUGGCUGGAGUUUUGGGAUGCCUUUGACGAGAGAUCUCCAGUUUGAUAUCAAGCCAGUGCCCCCCAGCAGAACACUGACCAAGGUGUGGUACAAUCCCGAAGGUUAUCACAGCCUUCCAGCCUAUCUGAACAGCUUGAACAACUUCAUUCUUCGAGCUAAUCUGCCAAAAAAUGAGAGUUCCAGAUAUGGUAUUUUCUUAUCAGCUCACCCGUAUCCAGGAGGACAGAGUCAAGAACAAGUAAUGCUCAACAGCUUACUUGAUAUCAUAGUUUCAAUGUCUGUUCUGGUUGGCUACUCCAUCACAACGGCAAGCUUCGUGCUCUACGUAGUAAAAGAACAUCAAACCAAAGCCAAGCAACUGCAGCAUAUUUCAGGCAUUGGAAUGACAAGCUACUGGGUGACAAACUUCGUUUAUGAUCUGGUACUUUUUAUGAUCCCUAUUGGACUCUCGAUAGGAGUUAUUUCAUCCUUCCAGAUACCAGCAUUCUGCAACAACAAUAACUUACUGGCAGUAUUUCUUCUGUUGCUACUCUUUGGGUAUGCAACAUUUUCAUGGAUGUACUUGCUGGCUGGAGUCUUCAAGGAGACUGGAAUGGCCUUCAUCGUUUAUGUCUGUGUCAACUUGUUCUUUGGCAUCAAUACCAUCAUUACACACUCCGUUGUGUUUCUGCUCUCCCAGGAAAAAGCUACAGACCAGGGCUUGCGUGAUCUAGCUGAAAACUUAAGGCACGCCUUCCUUCUGUUCCCACAAUUUUGCUUUGGCUACGGCUUGAUCGAACUGUCGCAGGAUCAGGCACUGCUGGGCUUCUUGAAAGCCUACGGUGUGGACUACCCUGACAAAACCUUUGAACUGGACAAGACCACGUCCAAGCUGCUUGCCAUGUUUAUCCAGGGCACCGUGUUUUUUGCCAUUCGUCUGACAGUUCACGAUGGGAUGGUUCAGAAGGUCUGGAACAGCACACUGGAGUUCCUGUUUGACAGAGUGCAUGGCAAAGCCCCACUUCUGCUGUCUGUGACUGAAGAAGAUGGGGAUGUUCAGGCAGAGAGGGUCCGAGUAGAGUCCGGCAAAGCUGACUUUGAUGUGGUACUGCUUCAGAACCUCACAAAGAUCUACCACCUUCCUCACAAACGCAUUGUGGCUGUGAAAAACAUCAGCCUGGGGAUUCCUGCUGGAGAGUGCUUUGGCUUGCUUGGUGUGAAUGGAGCUGGGAAGACAACCAUCUUUAAGAUGCUGACAGGAGAUAUCGGAGCAUCCAGCGGAAGGUUGCGGGUCCAGGAUCAUUCUGGGUCCUUGAAUGACAUCACCGAGGCACACUGGUCUCUCUUUGGCUACUGUCCUCAAGAAGAUGCCUUAGAUGACUUGCUGACAGUGGAAGAGCACAUGUAUUACUAUGCUAGACUCCAUGGCAUCCCAGAGAGAGAAAUCAAAGGAAUCGUGCUUCAGCUUCUCCACAGGCUGAAUCUGAUGGCCUACAAAGACAGAGUCACCUCUAUGUGCAGUUAUGGCACCAACAGAAAACUGUCAACUGCUCUGGCUCUCAUUGGGAAUCCAUCUAUUCUGCUGCUGGAUGAACCCAGCUCCGGCAUGGAUCCAAAUGCUAAACGCCACCUUUGGAAAAUCAUCAGUGAGGAAGUGCAGAACAAAUGCUCCGUGAUACUCACAUCUCACAGCAUGGAAGAAUGCGAAGCCCUCUGUACCAGGCUGGCAAUUAUGGUGAAUGGGAGUUUUCAGUGCAUUGGCUCUUUGCAGCAUAUCAAGAGCAGGUUUGGAAGAGGAUUCACUGUGAAGAUGCACUUAAAUAGCAGCACAGUUGGCACAGAGACACUGACAGAGUUCAUGAAGUCACACUUCCCAAAUACGUGCCUGAAGGAUCGUCAUUUCAACAUGGUGGAGUACCAUGUUCCAGUCUCAGCAGGAGGGGUAGCAAAUAUAUUUGAUCUCCUGGAAGCCAGCAAAGAAACCUUCAAAAUCAGGCACUUCUCAGUGAGUCAGACGACGCUAGAGGAGGUUUUCAUCGACUUUGCUAAAGAUCAAGCAGAUCCUGAUGGCACGGAUGCUGGUCCUGAUGUGACAUCGGACAGCUCUGACACCUGUAGCCAAGCUAGCACCAUAAGCUCCAUCUACUGAAAGGGCACUACCACAAGGCAUCACAGGAGCUGGGGAAAAAGCCUCCUGACCCCUCUCGGGGUUCUUCCAGUUUCUUCUUGUUUUCUGUGACUCUAGGAUGGUAGGCAUAAAAAGUCACGACUACUUAAAGUACUUUUUUGAUACGCACUUAUUUUGUUACUAGGAAUGUAGUAGGCACUUAAGGCUGGCAUUUGGUUACAAGUCAGAUUGAUCUUUUCACAGGUUGUCUUUUUUUUUCUCCCCAGUUCUAGCUGUAAGAUGAAUUUUAUACCUGUGAGGAUUUAGUUGUCAUCACCUGCUCCUGCUGGCUAUGGCCAUUUGCUUACAGGAGAAAUGGCCUUGAUGGAGCAGAGGAGCUGCUGGCAGUGCAGGGUGUUUGACAAAGCAGCAGCCCUGUGGCUGCCCUCUGAAAGCCCACGCUCUCCUUCUUGCUCUGCAACAGACUUUCUGUUGCUCAGUUGAGAGGCUCCCCACCUGUGAAAUAGGGCUCAGGGCACUGCCCUGCCUCACAGGGGUGUUGUGAAGGUGUAGGUGUUGUGUACUGAGUUGCGUAUGCCGUUGGUGGGGCCAUCUUUGGUGAUGACAUAAAGCUCUUCUGUAUGUGUGGGUGAUGUCAGUACAAAUAUAACUAUUUUGAAAGUCA